AUGAAAAUUUUUAGGUCUACAUGGUGGUCAAAAGUAGAAAUGGGACCUCCAGAUGCUAUUCUUGGUAUUACUGAAGCUUUUAAAAAGGAUAACAAUCCUAAUAAAAUAAAUCUCGGAGUCGGAGCUUACAGAGAUGAUAAUGGAAAACCUUUUGUCCUUCCAAGUGUAUUAGAGGCUGAAAAUCGAUUAAAAGCAAAACAGUUAGAUAAAGAAUAUUCUCCAAUUUCUGGAGUACCUGAAUUUUGUAAAUUAAGUAUUAAUUUGGCUUUGGAUAAUGAAGAAAUUUUAAAUAAUGGUCUUAAUGCAACGGUUCAAGGGAUUUCAGGCACAGGAUCUCUCAGAAUCGGUGGAGCAUUUUUGGUAAAUUUUUUUCCCGGUAGCAAAGAAAUUUAUCUGCCUACACCAACCUGGGGAAAUCAUAUUCCAAUAUUUAAACAUUGUGGUCUAAAUGUAAAGCAUUACAGGUACUACGACCCGAAAACAUGUGGUUUAGACUUUAAAAGUGCGUUGGAUGACAUUUCCAAAAUGCCAUCAAACAGUAUAAUUUUGUUACAUGCAUGUGCUCAUAAUCCUACUGGUGUCGAUCCCAAACCUGAACAAUGGAGAGAACUUUCGAAAGUUAUCAAAGAAAAAAAAUUAUUUCCCUUUUUUGAUAUGGCAUAUCAAGGAUUUGCCUCGGGGGAUGUUGCAAAAGACGCUUUUGCCGUACGAGAAUUCAUUAAAGAUGGCCACGAAAUAGCUCUUGCACAAUCCUUUGCAAAAAACAUGGGACUUUAUGGGGAACGAGUUGGCGCUUUUUCUUUAAUAACGACAUCGAAAGACGAAAUGGAACGUUUACUUUCGCAAUUAAAAAUCAUAAUUAGACCAAUGUAUUCAAAUCCUCCAAUUCAUGGUUCGAGAAUUGUAACGGAAAUACUAAGUGAUUGUGAAUUAAAAUCUCAAUGGUUAAAAGAUGUUAAAUUGAUGGCUGAUAGGAUAAUAGGAGUUCGUUCACAACUUCACGACUGUUUAAAAAAAGAAGGAUCAUCCAAAGACUGGUCACAUAUUACUGAUCAAAUAGGAAUGUUUUGUUACACUGGCCUAAAACCUGAACAGGUUGAGAGACUUACUAAAGAUUUCAGUAUAUAUUUAACAAAAGAUGGUAGAAUAUCAAUGGCUGGAGUAACAUCAAAGAAUGUUGAAUAUUUAGCUAAAUCCAUACAUGAAGUCACUAAAUAA